UGUUUGGUUUGAUAAAAGUUAGAGAAGUCCCCAAAAACCAAUUCCAUCCGCGUGAGGGGUUGCGACGGUGGCGAAUUAAUUCCGAUGAAGCUACGCCAACUCUCAAUCACCCCUUUUCUUCAAAACAAUUUUUCCACAUCCAAAUUCAACCACGAAAACGACACUCGUUUCAUUUCUCUCAUUUCCAACAUUGUUCGAGGAAAUCUGAGUUGGAAUGUUGCAUUCAACGACCCUUCAAUUUCAUCCACAUUGAAACCCCAUCACGUAGAACGAGUCUUAAUCAACACCUUAGAUGAUUCCAAGUUAGCUUUAAGAUUCUUCAACUUUCUCGGUUUACACAAAAACAUGAACCAUUCCAUAACCUCAUUUGCCAUCUUGGUUCAUGCCCUUGUUCACAAUAAACUUUUUUGGCCUGCAAAUUCACUCUUGCAUACCCUUCUCCUUCGUGAGUCUGAUCCAAAGUUUGUUUUUUCAAAGUUUCUUGAAUCUCACAAGCAAUGUAAGUUUUCAUCCACUUUGGGGUUUGAUUUUUUGGUUCAUAGUUAUUUGCAAAAUACAAGAGUUUUAGAUGCUGUGGUUGUUGUAAAACUCAUGCUUGUUAAUGCAUUGUUGCCUGAGGUUAGAACAUUGAGUGCACUCUUGAAUGGACUCUUGAGAAUUAGAAAGUUUAUAAUGGUUUGGGAACUUUUUGAUGAGUCUGUGAAUGCUGGUGUUAAACCUGAUCCUUAUACUUGUUCCGCCGUAAUUAGGAGUAUGUGUGAAUUGAAAGAUUUUCUUAGAGCUAAGGAAAAGAUUGUGUGGAUGGAGUAUAAUAGGUUUGAUUUGAGUAUUGUGACUUACAAUGUCUUGAUUCAUGGUCUGUGCAAGGGUCAUCGGGUUUCGGAAGCUGUUGAGGUUAGAAGAUCAUUGAGGGAAAAGGGUUUGAAGGAAGAUGUUGUUACAUAUUGUACACUAGUACUUGGAUUUUGUAGGGUCCAACAAUUUGAGGAUGGAAUUUGCCUCAUUAAUGAAAUGGUUGAAUUGGGGCUUGCUCCAUCCGAGGCUGCUAUAUCGGGGUUAGUGGAUGGGUUAAGAAAGAAGGGAAAAAUUGAUAGUGCUUAUGAUUUGGUUGUUAAGUUAGGGGGAUUCGGCUUUCUUCCUAGUUUGUUUGUAUAUAAUGCUUUAAUAAACUCUUUGUGCAAAAGUGGAGAUUUGGAUAAAGCUGAGUUGCUUUAUAGUAAUAUGCAUUCGAUGAACUUUCCACCGAAUGAAAUUACUUACUCUAUUCUGAUUGAUUCCUUUUGCAAAAGAGGGAGGUUGGAUGUUGCAGUGUCUUAUUUUGAUAGAAUGAUAGAAGAUGGUAUAAGAGAAACUGUAUAUCCUUACAAUUCUUUGAUAAAUGGUCAGUGCAAGUAUGGGGAUUUGAGUGCCGCCGAGUCUCUGUAUACUGAAAUGAUCAAUAAAGGGUUAGAGCCAACUUCUACUACCUUUACAGCAUUGAUUAGUGGAUAUUGCAAAGACCUACAACUACAAAAAGCAUUCCAGUUAUUUAGUGAGAUGAAUGAGAAAAAAAUUGCUCCAAAUGUUUAUACUUUCACUGCACUUAUUUAUGGGCUUUGUGGCACAAAUGAGAUGGCUGAAGCGUCCAAACUUUUCGAUGAAAUGGUGGAAAGAAAAGUCAAUCCAACUGAGGUGACAUAUAAUGUUAUGAUUGAAGGGUAUUGUAGGGCUCGUAACAUUGAUAAAGCCUUUGAAUUGCUUGAAGACAUGCUUCAAAAGGGCCUUGUUCCGGAUACAUAUACCUACAGACCUCUGAUUGGUGGCCUUUGUUCUACUGGUAGGGUAUCUGAAGCUAAAGAUUUUAUUGAUGAUCUCCACAAGCAGAACCUCAAGUUAAAUGAGAUGUGCUACAGUGCACUUCUACAUGGUUAUUGCGGGGAAGGAAGAUUGACGGAGGCACUAAGUGCUUCGUAUGAGAUGAUUCAAAGAGGAAUCAACAUGGACCUUGUUUGCCACGCUGUUCUUAUUGACGGUGCUCUGAAGCAGCUAGACACGAAAAUGUUCUUUGGUCUCGUAAAAGAGAUGUACGAUCAAGGAUUGAGACCUGAUAGUGUAAUAUAUACAAGUAUGAUUGACUCAUACAGCAAAGAAGGAUCAUUUAAAAAAGCCGUUGAAUGUUGGGAUUUAAUGGUUGCUGAGAAAUGCUUUCCCAACGUUGUAACUUAUACCGCUUUCAUGAAUGGUUUAUGCAAAGCUGGUGAAAUGGAUAGAGCAGGUGUCGUUUUCAAAAAAAUGCUGGCUGCGAAUAUCACUCCUAAUUCAAUUGCAUGUGGUUGUUUUCUUGACCGUCUUACGAAGGAGGGAAAUAUGAAGGAAGCUACAGAGCUUCACCUUGCAAUGCUUAAGGGGCUUUUAGCAAACACGGUAACAUACAACAUUCUUAUCCGUGGCUUCUGCAAAUUGGGUAGAUUAAUUGAAGCCACCAAAGUUCUUUCUGAAAUGACUGAAAAUGGGAUUUCCCCCGACUGUAUUACAUAUUCGACUUUAAUUUAUGAGUACUGCAGAAAUGGCAAUGUAGGAGCAGCAGUUAAACUGUGGGAUACCAUGUUAGAAAAAGGUGUUGCGCCAGAUUCGGUUGCAUAUAACUUGCUAAUAUAUGGCUGUUGUGUUAAUGGAGAGCUUGGCAAGGCAUUUGAAUUGCGAGAUGACAUGCUGAGGAGAGGGGUGAAGCCCAGACAAAAUUUAGAAUUGCAGAAGGGGCAAUGAAGGAGCAGCAGUUGAAUUGUGGUAUAACACGCUCUAAGGAAAGGACUAUAGCCUGAUUUUGAUGUGUGCAACUUUCUAGAGCGCGGCUGUUGUGCUACUGUGGAGUUUGCCACGACACUUCAACUGCACAAUGGCAUGUUAAGAAGAGCAGUGAUGUCAGGGUAGAAUCUCUUGUGGCUGAACGAUCUGAAAAUGGAGUUGAUGCCUGAAGUUGAAGGAGGUUUAUGCAGCCUGGAAAUGUGGAAGUGUUUGUAUUUGUGAUGCGUAUGAUGUGGUGUCAUAUCCACAUCAGAAGAGCUUGGUAAAAGAAGAUGAGUGGUGUUUGGGUCCGUUUGUGCAGUGGGCGCAUAUUGAGUAUUAGUGUGCUUGGAACCGUGGUGGGUAGCUAAUGUAUGCAUGUUGAAAUCAAAGCUCCAAGUUGUAGCUUUUGCGGGGAGUGGCUCGGGAUACGGUAUCAUCGUGGUUACUGACACUCACUAAUACACCAAUCUUGUCGGAUAAUGACGAACAAUUUCUUUAGGAUCCAGAAUUCAUGUAUGUGAUUCAUUCAUUUGAUUUGUUCAUUGUUUUUUUCUCCAAUAAACAGUAGUCUUCCAUGAAACAUGUUCUUCCAUACUAUUGAUAACUAAGCAAGCCUGAUUUGUAAACCAUUGGGUGAUUAUCGGUUUUGCAAUUGUAAGCCCUACUAUGAUCUCUCUAUUGUUGUGAAAUUUAAUAUAAAUGUCCAUACUUCUUCAUGUAAUAAGGUUUGUUUGAGAUAAGACAUUUUUAUUUCUUGCAA